AGGGAGUAAAGGAUAAUAAAUUUGGCGGGAAACAUUCAUUUUGGCACCAAAAACAUUUUCUCCGAUUGAAAGCAAACAUAAACCCUAGAAUCCCAAAAUGGUUUGAAAAGACAAUCAAUAUGGGAAAAGACGACAAACAGCUAUUAGCAACGGCGAAACAAUCAUAUAGAAGUGCAAAGGAAAUAGGGAAUCGGCCAGAGGAGGCUCGCUGGGCGAAUGUGAUCGGAGACAUUCUCAAGAACCGAGGCGAAUACGUGGAGGCACUUAAGUGGUUGAGAAUUGAUUAUGAAAUCUCCACUAAGUAUUUACCGGAGAAGCAUUUGUUGCCUACUUGUCAGUCCCUUGGUGAAAUUUAUCUUCGCCUUCAAGAUCAUCAACAAGCUUUGGCUUAUCAGAAACAACAUCUGGAACUUGCAAAGGAUGCCGAUGACAUCAUUGAGCAGCAAAGAGCCAGUACUCAACUAGGCCGCACAUAUCAUGAUAUAUUUUUAACAUCUGAAGAUGACCAUAGUGCAGUUAGAAAUGCAAAAAAGUACUUUAAUUCGGCAAUGAAACUUGCUCAAAAUCUUAAGGAAAAUCCACCUGAUAAUAAAUCUUCUUUCCUUAAAGAAUACAUAGAUGCACAUAACAAUAUUGGAAUGCUUCAAAAGGAUCUUGAUAAUCUGGGAGAAGCUGAGAAAAUCCUCAAUAAAGGACUAGAAAUCUGUGAUGAAGAAGAGGUCAGAGAAGAUGACGAUGGUCGAAGCAGACUUCAUCACAAUCUUGGAAAUGUUUACAUGGAGCGGAGGGAGUGGACUAAAGCUCGGGAACACAUUGAGAAGGAUAUCAUGAUUUGUAAGAGAAUCGAGCAUCUCCAAGGGGAGGCAAAAGGAUAUAUUAAUCUUGGUGAGUUGCAUAACAGGGUUCAAAAGUAUGAGGAUGCAAUUCGUUGCUAUCAGAGGGCACUCAGUCUAGCAAAAUCCAUGGAAGAUGAAGAUGCUUUAGCCAAACAAAUUAAUGAAAAUAUUGAAACUGUAAAAAAAGCUAUCAAGGUUCUGGAUGAACUCAAGAAAGAAGAGCAGCAACUGAAGAAGUUAACAAGAAAUAGGGCAAAUGAAAUGGAUGCAUCACGUGGGUGGAAACUUUUGAGGGAGCAGUAUAAAUUGCUUGAUUGUCUCAUUGAGAAGUCAAGCAUGAUUUUUGCGUGGGAGGAGCAUGGAAAAUAUGCAAAAUGGAAAAAGAAAAUAGCACGACAACUUUGUGACAAAGAAAAGUUGGGUGAUUCAUUUCUGGUCCUUGGAGAAUCAUACCUCAAACGAAGAAGCUUUGAUAAAGCCAUUAAAUGGAUUACCAGAAGCUGGGAGACACACACCUCAAUUGCCAACUUGGAAGGUCAAGCAUUAGCUAAAUUAAGCAUGGGUGAUGUGUUGGACUGUACUGAUGAUUGGGUGGGAGCAUUGAAAGCUUUUGAGGACUGCUACAGGAUUGCAGUUAAAGCUAAUCUGCCCCACAUUCAGCUUUCAGCACUAGAAAACAUGCACUACAGCAACAUGAUAAGAUUUGAUAAUGUUGAAGAGGCCAGGAGGCUGCAGCUUGAAAUUAGCAACUUGAAACAUGAAAAAAGAAGGGAGCUUGAAACAAAGAAUCUAGCAAGGGAUUGCUGCUCUGAGACUGAUACAGAUGGGGAUGAUGAUCUGUCAGAUAUCACACCUAAUGCAUCCCACUCCCCAAAGAUUAACAGAUCUGAUGCCAGAAAAUCAAAGCCUUUAGCGGUUGAAGAGUCAAAUGAUGAUUUACCUUUGAUUUCAUUCAUGCAGUCCAGUAAACGGGCAUCUAGAAAAAAUACAGCGUGUGUACAAAACCGCAAUACUUCUGAUAAGCUGGCUGUAACUUCUCCCAAACGCUUGAAUAAGACUAGUAAUCAGGAGAGAGUUGUUGGUCGUAAACGUGCCCGAGUUGUCAUUUCAGAUGAUGAAGGUGAAAUGGAUGAUGAGGAGAAGUUGGAUGGAAGGUUUGAUAAACACAUGGUGGAGGAUGUUGCUACUUCUGAUGGAUUUAGGGGGGAAAAUGAUAGAUCUGCACCCAAAUGUCAGGAUAUUUCAAGGCCUACGUCCAAGUGCGCUACCAGUUCUUCCGGCCCUGUUAAUAUUGAAGAAAGCAGCUGCUCCUGUAAAUCUCUCAAAACAGUAACUCAAAGUGGACAAGUUUUUGGAAGAUCAUUGACUACUGAUGAAGUUGCUUUAGUAUCGGAUAAUAUGGAUCUCUCUGGAAGUCAAAGGGACAAAUAUAAAGCUGACUGUCUCAAGUUGCAUAAUUUUGCUGACGACAACAAACGAUGCAUCACAUUUAAAAUUGACAACAUUGUGAUACAUGUUGAAGGGGGCCUAUAUUCUGCUGUUAACGAAUUGAGCAUCGAGUCUAUAAAGGUAGAACUAGCUUGUUUAUAUUAUUUGAGGCUUCCCACAGAGACGAGAUCAAAGGGUCUCUUGCCCAUCAUUGAGCAUAUGAAAUAUGCUGAAAAAGUUUUACAAUCCUGGGAAGCAUUUGAAGUUUUGGAGGAUCAUCUAGGAAAUAUCAUGAUUGAAGUUUCUAUUAACGGAUGGGUUCAAAAGCGCCUGAUGAAACUUUACAUUGAUUUCUGUGAGGAAUUACUUGAGACACCCAAUAUGAAGUUGCUUAAAAAGCUAUACAUUUCAGAGGUUGAAGAUGAAAUUGAUGCAUCAGACUGUGAACUGCAAGAUAUAUCAAUAACGCCACUGCUGAAUGCCCUGAACACUCAUAAAACAGUUGCCAUGCUCAACCUCUCUCAUAAUCUAUUAGGAAAUGGAACGAUAGAGAAACUUCAACAGUUCUUCAUAUCAGGCCAAAAGUAUGGUGACUUGACUUUGGAUCUGCAUUGCAAUCGAUUUGGUCCAACUGCUUUGUUCCAGAUAUGUGAAUGCCCUGCACUCUUUUCUCGGCUAGAGGUACUUAAUAUCUCUGGAAACCGUCUCACCGAUGCAUGCGGAUCUUAUCUUUCAACUAUAUUGGAGAAGUGUAAAGCCCUUUACAGUUUGAAUAUAGAGCGAUGUUCCAUAACAUCUAGAACAAUUCAAAAGGUUGCCAAUUCUCUAAAUUCUGGCUCAGUCUUGGCACAACUCUCUAUAGGACAUAAUAACCAGAUAUCUGGAAAUGCUAUUGUUAAUCUGUUGGCUAAACUUGUGACCGUCAAAAGUUUUGCAGAGCUGAAUCUGAAUGGGCUUAAGAUAAACAGAGCUGUAACUGAUAGCCUUUGCCAACUUGCUAAAGUGUCAUGCUUGUCACGACUAAUGCUGGGAAGCACUGGCAUAGGAACUGAUGGAGCUGUUGAAUUAACUGAAUCAUUGCUCAGUGUGCCUCGGGAGUUUAUGAAACUUGACCUGUCACAUUGUGGAAUAACAGCCACAUAUAUUCAUAAACUUAACACUGGGAGUACUCUGAACUGUGGCAUUCUUGAGCUAAGCCUUGAAGGAAACCUUAUUCUGCAAGAGGGUACAAAUGCAAUAACAUCGUUGCUUAUGAAUCCAAGAUGUUGCCUGAAGGUUCUAAUACUAAACAAAUGUCAGCUGGGGCUUAAUGGAGUUCUUCAAGUGAUUAAGACACUAUCAGAAAAUCACCAUCUCGAAGAGCUCCAUCUAACUGAUAACACCAACCCGGAAGAUAAACAUACAAUGCAAUGUGAUUCAGUAGCCAAACAGGACAAUUUAAAUACAUCUGAUUCUUGGAAAGCUGACAUUGAUCAGGAGGCUUUAUGCGCUCGGAACAUCAUCGACUGUAGUGAGCUUGAAGUUGCUGACAGUGAAGAUAAUCAAGCGAGGGUAGAAGCAGGUCACGAGUUUGACGACAGCUGCACAAGCUCAUGUCAGAAGAAUUCUUCUUUAGAGAGUCGAUUCAUUCAACAACUUGCAGCUGCCAUUGGCAUGGCAAAGCAGUUGAAGUUUUUGGAUCUAAGCAAUAAUGGUUUCUCGAAUUUAAUCGCGGAAGAGCUUUACACUGCUUGGUCAUCUAGAUCAACACCUGAUUUAGCUUGGAAGCACAUUAAGGACGCGAUCAUCCAUUUCUCAACACCACAAAAUAAGUGUUGCACCGCAAAACCCUGCUGCACAAAGGAUUAAUUACUUGCUCUACUAUAUAACUCAUGCUGAAGCUUCUCUUUUUGCAAGGUAUUUCUUAAUCAUACUAUGCAAUUGUUAUUAUAAUUAUAUACAACUAAAGAAUCGUACGUGUAUGUUAAAUGUAGUGCUUCGUAUUUAUAACAUGAAACUUACAUUUUGUUGAGAAUUUUUAAUUUACAGAGGUAGAUCUUGCUGUUUCGUAUUGCACCCUUUGUUAAUAGAAAUGGCUAAUUUUAUUA